CCCAAACCGACUUCCGGCCCGGCUCAGGAUGAUUCGUGGCUAAAGAAAAGAAGCGUGUCACGCUCCCCAACCCACCCACUAUAUAUAUAGCCCAACGCACCCUCCGUUUUCUCUCGUAGAAAUCCGACUCUUGCUUGAAAGCACCUGCUUUUUUCCUUCAGCUUUCGCGUGAUUGCAUUAAAGAGAAGAGCUUUUCUUGGUUGUUUAAGGUUUCAAACAGACCAAGUACAUGGUUGAACUAGACGUCCAGAUUCCCACUGCUUUCGACCCGUUUGCUGACGCCGAGAACUUGGAUGGCACCGGAGCCAAGGAGUAUGUUCAUAUCCGCAUCCAGCAGAGGAAUGGGAAGAAGUGCCUAACCACAGUGCAAGGCCUCAAGGGGAACUUCAGCUACGACAAGAUCCUUAAGGACUUCAAGAAACAGUUCUGCUGCAACGGGAAUGUGGUGCAGGACAAGUUGAUGGGGAAGAUUAUCCAGCUCCAAGGGGAUCAGCGCAAGAACGCGUCCCAGUUUCUUGUUCAGGCUGGGAUUGUGAAAAAGGAGCAGAUCAAGAUACAUGGUUUUUAAGGAAUUGGGUGCUACUAUAUAUUUUGUGUUUGGUGCCUGUGGGUUUGUCAGCUAAGAUAUAUUAUUCUGGCAACAUUUAUAUAUAUGCGUGUGGGGUUUCCAUACCCGUUUAAGCUUUUGUGUCUUGACUGGCUUUUUUGUUUUAGUUGAUGGGGAUUUCUGUAGAUUGUGAUGAAGUUCCGAAAUUAAUAAUACUGGAUUCUAUUCCUUUGAAA